AGGGACUGAGACUCAUAAGAGAGGAUUAAACACUUUGGAUCUUUCUGAAGACUGGAUUCCUCUCAGACGUUUGAACACCAAAGAAGAAGAGGAAGAUCGGAGGCUCUGAUUGGCCGGUUGAAGAUGAUGGCGGGGAGCGACUGAGGGGAAUUGAACCGACGUCUCUUGGCGGGAUGUUGGCGCUCCGCUGCCUGUUGCUCAGCCUGAUGUUGCUCAUCAACUCGGUUCAGAGCUGGAGAGCCUGCACAGAUCUGCUUCCUCUUGACCUGCUGGACAGAGCUCUGAUUCGCCCAGGACAAGCCCCGCCCCCUCAGGUGCAGAUGGUUCAGUCCAAAGGCUCUCGAGGUCUCCGAUUGACCGGCGCCGCGGCGACAGCGCUGAGUUUCCCCGCCUCCCAAAUCUUCACCAACUGUGACUUCUUCCCCGCUGAAUUCUCAUUGGUCGCCACCAUCAAGAUCCAGAGGCUGAAGAAGGUGAGACAUGAGUACCUCUUCUCGCUGCUGGAGGAGGCGUCUGACUCUCUGGUUCUGGGGCUGAGGGUCUCAGAGAGGCGUCUCCACCUCCUGGUCUCUGGACCUGGUUCUGGAGCUCGCAGCCGGGUCAGCUUUAAGGACGUGGCGCUGGAUGAUAACCGCUGGCACACUCUGGUUCUGGCCGUCAGCGGACAUUACGCCACGCUGACCGUCGACUGUGGACUCCCUCUGGAGCUUAAGCAGGUCCAGUCGUUCCCCAGCGCUCUGAGCACCAGAGGAUCCAGGAUCUUCAUCGGCAGCCGGAGGAGGCUGAGAGGAAGAUUCUCUGGUUUGAUUCGUCAGCUGGUUCUACUUCCUGGUUCAGACGCAACCUCCAGACUGUGUCCGACCUCUGACCCCCGUCUGGCUGAGCUCUCCGUCCCCAGGGUCCUAAAGGCAACCCCGAUACAAACAGACCAGGAUCCAGAGUUUCCGUACGAGGCGGAAGCCCGAGUGACUUUGGGAACCCGUCCUCUGUGUUCAGAACCAGAACUGGGUCAGCUGUGGUUCAACGCCCAGAGCCGAGGCCUCUUCAUCUGUGACGGAGGACGCUGGAGGACGCUGCUGGACCAUCAGGAGCGUCUGGACUACGUAGAGCACCACCAGGACCUUUACACCAGCUCAGAGACCUUCGACGUGGAGGUGUUCUCCAUCCCGUCUGAAGGCCUCUUCCUGGCUGCAGCCAACAGGGACUCCCGGCCCGGCUCCGGUCUCUACAAGUGGAGCAACGGGUCCUUUGUUCUCUAUCAGAACAUCAGCACUCAGGAGGCUCGGGCCUGGAAACACUUCACUAUCGACGGGAAGGACUUCCUGGUGGUGGCGAACUCUCGGGAGGCGGAGCCUGAGCUGUCCGUCAUCUUUCGAUGGAACCAGCGUCGGAGGCGUUUCCUGCGUCACCAAACCCUGGAGACUCACUCCGCUCUGGACUGGGAGUCAUUCAGCAUCCAUAACAGCAGCUUCCUGGUGGUGGCCAAUCACAGGAGAGCCAGAGACUCCAACCACAACAUCCAGAGUGUGAUCUACAGGUGGAACACACUCUCUCAGCUGUUUGAGGUGAACCAGACUCUCUCCACGUCCGGAGCGUACGACUGGGAGUUCUUCUCCGUGGGACCGUACCACUUCCUGGCCGUCGCCAACACGUUUGACGGGAAAACGACCGCCAUCAGCUCCACGGUUUACAUCUGGCGGAGCGGGAGGUUCCACAUCUUCCAGAG